UCAGUAUUUUGUGGGUUAAAGAUUUUACAAAGUGUAUGGUUCGUUCUCUUUCUGAUAGAGAUUGUCUAAAAUUCAAUUAUCAUUAAUCAAUAGACUAAAUACAUUUAUUUCCGACUACUUUACACAACUGAUAGUUACUUUAUCUAAAAGCUAACAUACUAAUGGACGAAACAAGGACGUAUUUGAAAUCAGUUGUUAAAUAUCCAAAAUUGAACUAAGUCUAAUUCCAACAUUAAACUAAUUAAAGGAGCUAGUGCGUUAUAUCUCGUCAAUAUGCAAGCAGAGUAAAUUGAAUAUACAUUUAGACUGUACAAGUGUUGAGAAAAUGAAAAUCGGAGUAAAAAUAUUGCCUUUAAUCAUUUGUUUAGCGGAGUCAAAUUAUUUUAUUUGUGGACCAGAUGGAGUAUGUUUGUGUGACAAUUAUAAUCGGAUGGACUGUUCAAAUACAUACUUUUCAAUACGUGAAAUCUGUGAAUUUAUAGGCAACAUAGCUAAAUACAAUGUUUCAGUCUUACAUCUGGAGAGGAAUGGUUACAAAAGCAUUGAAUAUUUCGACUUGCAAGGUUGUGAUAAACUUCAUGAGUUAUUUCUUGGAGACAAUAAUAUCAGUUCUAUUGGAAAGGAUUCUUUCAUUAACUUUGAUCGUCUCAAAUUAAUUGACAUGAGCAAUAACACAUUGGCUAUAUAUGACGAAACAGUUCAACAUACGUUUAAAUUUCCGUUAUCAAUUAAGAUACUUAUGUUGAAUGGUAAUUUGAAUGUGAAUAUAAGUGGUCAAACAGCAUAUCCGGAUUUAUCAUAUCUAACUCACCUUGAAGUACUUAACAUGGAUGGAUUGAGAAACAAAGUGUUUCCGGUAACUUAUCGCAAAAUCAAGAAGUUACACACUGUGACACUGUCUGGAUUGAACGGAAACUGUAAUAUUUCUCAUCUUACAAAUGUUUCAUUGCAAAAUCUUCCUCACGUAAGAACUCUGAAUUUGUCUGCAUGCAAUAUAGAAAACAUACAUGCCGGAGCUUUUAAAAACCUCCCAGAUUUAGAAAUCUUAGAUUUAUCUCAGAACUUAAAUCUUGGAUUUCGCAUGUUGAGAAAUAUUUCAUACAGCUUGCAAUUUACUAAAAUCAAAAUUUUAAACGUCUCUAAAGUACAUAGUACCUUUGGUAUGGGAACACGGCUAAGAAAGCGAGACCUAUGCUACCUUUGGAACACAACACUGACUGAAAUUCUCUUGAACAGUAAUCGAAUUCAGUUAAUUGAAACAAAUGCCCUAAUAAUGAUUCCAGAAUCUUUGAACAUUCUGCAAGUAGAAGACAACAAGUUUACCUUUGGACCAUAUUUACUACAAUUGGGAUGCAUGUCUAAUUUGGAAGAAUUUUAUGGAAACUUUCAAAACACCGCACACAAUCCGAUUCUUUAUGAAAAGGAACCCACUGGAAACGUCAAUGAAUUAAUCAACGGCUAUUCCGACUGUCCGUUUAUGCAAAACAGUUUUUUGCAAAACAUAAGCACCCUGAAGGAAUACUGCCCCUUCUUUGAAAAUGACAAAAUCGACACAAAAAAAGAUUGGCCAAAAUUUCCAAAGAAGUUGAGAAGAGUGGAAUUUGCUCAGUGUGACAUGCAAUAUAGUCUAACAAGUUUUCCUAUUUUUCCACUACCAGUAUAUAUGGAAUAUAUGGACUUUUCGGGCAACAUUCUUCAUUCUUGGAUAGGACCUAUUGGCCCUUUCCCAAAUUUGAAAUAUCUGAACUUAUCUCGCAAUUAUUGUUCCCAUGUUGGAUUACAGUUCUUCGAUUUGAUUGGAAGUGUUGAAAAUCUUCAGCUUCAAGAAAAUUUUCUUGGACUAGUUCUUUCCGAUGAAAAUAAGGGACCCUUUAUUUUCAUAAAAAUGGUAAAUGUUAAAUGUUUGAAUUUAUCGUCAAAUAUCAUAUCGUACCUCCCACCAUCGAUAUUUUCAACAAUGUCCAAACUAGAGACCCUUGAUCUGAGUGUUAACAAUAUUGAAACUUGGACAAUUGAUGUGAAUACAUUAAACAAUCUAGUACAUCUGAAUUUAAAAUUCAAUUUUUUUCAAACGCUUCCUGCUGUACUAAGAAACAAACUGGAAUCUAAUAGCGAACGUCUUGGUAAGCAGUUUACAAUUGACCUCAGAAACAAUACAUUCACAGUAAGUUGUAACGGAAAAGAAUAUUUAAAAUGGAUGGUAAAACACGCACAUAAUAUGCUCCACUUCAAAGAUUACAUUUUUCACGAUAAAACGGGUGCGGCGCUUUCAGUCGAACAAUUUGUUAAAGAAGUUAGACACCUUGAUAACGAAUGUCGAUCGUAUACUCUUAUAAUAGUUUUUUGUUCUAUAGGAAUUUCUGUAUUUCUUGCAAUCGUUGUCGGUGGCUUUCUCUACAGGAAUAGGUGGAAGCUCAGAUAUCUCAUGAGGUUAACUAAAGUCAAACAUUUUGGAUAUACAAAACUACAUAAUGGCCUGAAUGAACCUGAACAUUUUAUGUAUGACGCGUUUAUAUCUUACGCAAAUGAAGAUUUACGUUUCAUUCUUGACAAGAUUAUUCCAAAACUAGAAGAACAUGAAAUGAAGUUGUGUAUACACGAUAGAGAUUUUUUACCUGGAAACAAUAUUGCCGACAACAUUCUAGAAGCUAUCAGAAAGAGUAGAAAGACUGUUGUUAUUCUAUCAAAAGAAUUUUUGAAAAGUAAAUGGUGCUUAUACGAGUUCAACAUGGCAAGAAUGGAAAGUAUUUACUCAAGAGAAGGAGAUAAUUGUCUUCUAGUUGUCAUGUUUGAAAACGUUCCGACCGGAAAUAUGUCAACCGAGAUGUUGCAAUGGAUUCAAUCCAAUACAUAUAUAGAAUAUACCACGGAAGAAGAAGGCAACCUUCUUUUUUGGGAGAAUCUCAAGGAUGCCUUAAGUGAAUGACUUUUGAAAAUAGCUUCAGUUCGUAGCUUCAUAGCUUUUUGUAGUUUAAAUAUAUCGUCCCCUUAAUGCAAAAAGGUACCAAGUGCCUUCUUUAUUCAUAUGCUCAUGGUACCUUUUUGCAUUAAGGGGACGAAUUAUUUACUUCGUAAGUUAUUGUUUAAGGAAUAGGUCUGCAUUGUGUUUAUAGACCUGUGAGGGAUUUGUGAACCGAGCGGGCGUAACGAGCGAGGUUUUUAAAUCUACUCACAGGUCUAUAAACACUAUGCAGACCUAUUCCGAGAAUGAUAGCUGACUUACCUACAUGCUUCUUUGUUGAUUAAUGUAUGAUUAAAAACAAAUGAUUAGAAGAAGGGUCAAGACAAUAUGUGCUACAAUUUAUACUAUUAACAUAACAAAAUGCCCAACUUGCUACGCACCUGUAAAUAUAUUUGUCAGCAAUUAGGACAUGACAUUUUGUAUUGCAUGAAAAAUCCGUGCACAUUUGGGAAAUAUUGGGAAGAUUAUAGUCUCUUUCUGAGAUCAUCGAUGUGUGUCUAGUCAAUUAGUCAUUUGAUGCGGAUGGUAUUUUAUAAGUUUUUUUUUUACAUAGUUAUUUUAAGAAACUAAGUUCAUUCAGUUAUAUACAUUGCCGUAUAAAGUAUUGAUAUAGAUUUAUCAUUACAUUAUCACAAGAAAUGCGUAUCAUCCGUAUCACGUUAGCCAUUAAAUGAUGCGUGCCCGUUACGUUACCCACAAAUAGCGUAAUUGGGUUCUCCUGGAUAUUUUUGGUGAAAUAAUCUUAACAAGCUAGGCAUUUCUCCCAAGAGUAUAUCUUCUCGAUCGGUGUGAAUAAUAUACACCAAUCAGUGUAACGCGAACAACAUAGGAAUAAUAGAAAACACUCAAGUUUUGAAUACUUUUUAUUAAGAAAGUGCUAAUACUCAUACCACCAUGACAACUUUGUAAGAUACAUGUAUAAAAGUUCAGCUUAUUUUCUAAAGGAAAACAGGUAAAAUUAUACACAGGCAUGUUCGUAUUGUUGAUAUAUAGGUAAAUUAAAUAAAAAAUAUGAACUAUAUAAAAUAUUAAUGUUAGUACUUUUCUAGAGAUACUGAAAUUUUGUGGGGUUUUUUCUGUUGUUCUUGUAUUUCCCCAAUGAAGGCAAAUUAAUCCGACCCUAAAAAACGCGCGUCAAGAAGUCACAACGAAAUGUGCUAAAAAAAAAGCUGCGCGCACAAGAUCAAGAAGAUUUAAAAACCUUCUGUCUUCUUGAUAAUGAAAGUUAUGAGUACUACUAAUUAAGAGGUUUGUAGCUCGAGGCCUCUGUUUUCAGUGAUAUGGUAACGGUUUGAAUAAACAUUAUUUCGUUUAAAGUCGUUCUGGUCCUCCACAUCUGAUUAACGUGAAUAAGUUGUCAGUUACUUGCGGAUGUAUAGUCAGUACAAGUAUAGAAUCCCGGAAACUGACAGUUUUAGACAUAAAAAUGUCAACUUUUAAGUUUGAUAUGAAUUAACGAACAUUUUUCAGAAACGAAAAAUGUACUUUGACCAGUUUUCCACCAAUUACUAAUACCUAAAAAUUGCCUUUGAAUAUGUUUUAACCGUCAAUCUUAUUUCAGACACGCCCGAAUAUUUAAAUGGGUCAUUUUCUAAAAUGCAACUUCGUUAUUUAUGUUCCAUGUUAAUUGUGCAGAAAAAUCGUCACAAUUUUCAUUAGCAGAUUAAUAAUUAACUUGGAGGAAAUUUAUGGUGUUUGUAUUUUUUUGCAAUUAUAUCAUUGUUAUUACUUUUCUUUGUAAAAUAAAAUGUCCUGUUUCAUGAAGCAUUCUCCGCUUAGACGGAAGUUUAUGCCCGUAUUAACUUUCAGACAAAUAUCAAUACCUGUUUAGAAUUGAAUGUUAAAACUUUACAGCAAAGUCAUGUUUAGAUCAAUUUUCAAGAUAUGUAAAACUGGUCGGAAAUUUUUCACUUAAAACCGUUAAAAACGGACUUUUUUGAAACAAGUAAUACUGUUAUUUACGGAGUCUAUCACGCGUGCGCCGUAAAUGACAUGCACGGACAGCUCAUGCUUCUACUGCAUUGUUACGGUCGCUUACGCAUAACCUUAAUCUCUGACAACUGCUUAAGUGUAUCGACAGUUUGGCUCAGUGGUUAGAGCAUUGGAUUAGCAUCCGGGCGACUCGGGUUCGUUUCCGCUGCAGGCACUUGAGAUUUAUCGUCGUAAUUUUCGUGUAAACAGUAGAAGUACAAGAGGUCUGGUAAUUGUUAAAGACCUCUAUAAGGUGUUUAUAGACCUUAUCGAAACAAAGAAGCCUGUAGGUAACAUUUAUGCAUGGUGAUUAACAAAUAAACGUAUAAUAGGAAAAUGAUUGGUACAUUAAAAUUAAUUAGAAAUAGUUCCUGUGCUUGCAGAUAAAUUAUAUACAAUGGUGGCAAGUGUUGAGUAAAUAUGUUAUAUUUAAAUAUGCUGUUUUAUAUUAAAUGCUUCUGAAUGUAAACCAUACUCCUUUUGUUGUUUAAAGAUUAAGUAUUUGCCUUACAGAUACAACCAAUCGAGAAUUUUUACAAUCCCGCUCUAGCUAAUUUAUUUGCACUUUGUAUGUACUAUGUAGUCAUAUUCAUUAUACUUUUGAGACUGGUUUUUAUUCUUUAUCUAUUUUAUGUACCCAAUCGUGAACGUUUAUUUGCAACACGUGACCGUACAAUAUAUUACCGUAUUGGGCGCACGUGCGUACAAAAAAAAAAAACGAUUGUAUUUUUCCGUAUUUGGACAUUUCAACUGUCCCAUGUUAAACCUACGAUAAAGCCCGAAACGCGUGAAAAUGUUCCAAAUGUAAAUCGGGUGAAGUAUACGCUCUAUGUACAGAGUUUGAUUAUGCGUCUUGAAAAAUACAAUAUUCAGUGAAUCAUUUUUAAUUUAAACUAAAAUAAAACAGAUAUAGAAUAAAAAGGUUAUUUAACAUUGUACUGUACAAUACGAGAUAUAUUUGCACUCGUACCCAGCUGGGAAAACCAUAUUGGACGAGCCGCUAUGGUUUUCUCAGCUCGGUACUCGUCCACAUAUUAUGAGGCUAUUACAAUACUGAAUUCUAUUGGACGAGUUCACCGCAGGAAUAAUCCAAAUAUGGGUUAUUACUGCUGUGCACAAGUCCAACUGAAUUCAGUAUUGUACUAAACACUGUUAAAUUACCUCUUUAUUUCACACCUCAAAAAGAUAGAUGUAGAAAGAAAACUUCAUACAUUUUAACUCGCAAACAAACAAAAAAACACAUUGAUUUAAAAUACGUUCUUCUCUGAUAACACAUAAAUUCUAGAUAUACAUUUAGAUCUACUCGUGGUGCAAUAAAGUUUCGAAAACAACUUUUCGUGAAAUUUUGAACCGAAACCAUGAUAAUUGGAUGGGAAACGUUCUAACUAAGAAAUUGAGUGCUUACACUAACAUGUUUCGUUCUUAUCGAUUUUUUCAAAAAGUAUUUACUGCUGUCGCUAUAUACAAGGGAAGUAAUUCCAAAACUCCUUAUAAGGAAUCGGAAGAGUUGUCCCGUCCAAUAUGAAAAAGAUAUGGAUUUUUGGGACUGGAGUCCAAUAUGAAAAAAAAAUAUGGAGUUUGUGGAUUGUAGAUUUCCGUUUUGUACAGAACAAUGUUAAAUAAUCUAAUAAUACUGCACGGUUUAGACAUGCCUUAAUUGUUUAUUGGGUCAUUCUUAUGAUAAUGAGAUGCUAUUUUUUACUUUAGAUUAAUUUUCAAGCAGUUUAAAAGUUUUAAUAAAAGGCGUAAAUGUUUUAGUAAAAAUCUUUCAUUUAUCAUGUAAAAUGCCUCAAAAUACCUCGAAAUAAUACGAUGUACAAAUCUAUAAAUAAUGACAGCUAAGACUGAUAAAUCAUCACCAAUCAAUACAUGUCUGAUUGUUGCGAUUUUUAUUUGUAACGUCUUUGUUCAAUUGCUACAAGCGAACAUGUGAAUACAAAAGCUGAAAUAAACAGAACUCUACAGCAUAUUCA